GUUUUUCAGAGAUCCAGACCAUAAUUUUUUACUUUGUUUUUGACCGGGAAUUUCAAGAAUUCAAAAUAAAAUGGAAGAACAGCAAAUACUAGGAGUUAGGAGAUCCUCUCGAAAAUCUGCAAAAGCCUAUCAAGCAGGUCGUUACAAGUUCUCUCACAGUUUGGAAGACACAAUCCAAAAGGUGCAUGUGGCUAGUAAAACAGUGAAGAAGACAACAACAUUGAGACCUAAAUUAAAGCAUUCAGUAUCAGAACCAUAUAAACACCCAAUAAGUGAUUCCAACAUUAGUGAUAAUAACACCCAGCUCGUUCAUCAUCAAAUCCCUUCAGACAUUGAACAAUUUAAAGAUCCUAGCGUAGAUGAAGCUAUAUUAGCCGACUAUGACGAAGCUCAAUCAUCUAAGUGUUAUAACUCAAAUCCUGAACUAUCAAGUGCUUAUUCAAUUGACACACUUAAUGAAAAUGAUAGAGUGAAAGACCAAAGUGAUGCUGCAUACAUCAAUGAUGCAUCUCAACUCGAUACUGAUGAUGCAAGGCACAGUGAAAUGGAAAUAACUACCACUAAUGCCCUUGACACACAUAAUGAAGGUGAUAACUCAAUCUGUAAUGUGAAUGCCCAUUCAGACAAUAUGGCACAAUUACAUGUUGUUCCUCAGGAAGAAUCAGAAGAAAUACUCCGCAGGUCAGUGUCAGAUCCGAAUGAACAAAACCCAUCUGUUGAUCAGAACAUGGAAAAUACAUGUAGAAUUAGAAUAUCUAACUAUCCAGACAAUACAACCACAAACAAUGGUGAAGCUACUAAUCAAGUUCACGAAAUAGAUUCUGGGCCUUCUGAUAUUCGAGUAAAGUUCCCUCAGAAUCAGGAUGAACAAAUUGAAGUGCUUACGACACAGGAAGGAGAGCUCGUAUGUGUGAUGCCCGAUGUACACAACAAUCAACAAAUCUUAAUGAACUGUCCUCAAGGAACUCCAGUUUUAGUAUUAUCAAACAACCUCGAAAAGGGUACAGUUGAAGCAAGUGUGCUGAUUGAUAGACCAGACUUUGCCCAGUUAUUGGCCUUUCAAAGUGGGAUGCCUGCCACAUUACCUGAACUUGGAAUUUUGGGAGGACAGGCUCCAAGCACACCUAGCCAAAGUGUCACCCAAGCAAAACAGAAAAAUACUGCUACAAAAUACUACCUCUGUGAUAUAGAGGGAUGUAACAAAGGCUUCACUACUAUGGCUUAUCUCAAGUAUCAUAAAGUGACUCAUAAUGGAGAGAAGCCACUUAAGUGUUCAUAUGAAGACUGUAAUAGGACAUUCGCAUGGCACACGCAUCUCAGAUAUCACCAAUUAACCCAUACACAAGAGAGAUUGUUUCAUUGCUUGGAGCCUGGAUGUAAGAGAUCAUUCUACACCCAUCAAAGAUUAGAUGUACACAGUAGAGUUCAUACAGGGUAUAAGCCUUUCAUUUGUGGGGAGACUGGGUGCGGCAAGGCAUUCACAACUGCAGGGAAUUUGAAAAAUCACCGCAGAAUCCAUUCAGGUGAAAGGCCAUAUGUGUGUGAACACAAAUCCUGCAACAGACGAUUCUGUGAACAAUCAAGCCUUAAGAAACACAUGUUAACUCAUACAGGGGAAAAGCCCUACAGCUGUAAUAUCUGUGGGAAAGCAUUCUCACAAAGCGGUUCAAGAAACACACAUGUAAAAGCUCAUAGACGUCAGGAUGUAACCAAGGAGACAAAUAUUCUUGAUGAUAAUGAUUUGGUUAUCAAUGCUAGAGGGGAGAUCAUACAAUACCAGAAUGGGUAUCACGACACUGAGACAUCUGUUCUUCCUCACCCUGUUGUUGAUAACUUUGUUACCGUAGUGACUCAGCCACCAGAUGGCUCUAGCUCUGACAGACAAGGGAAUCAGAAAAUUGUCUGCGGAUCUCUUCCACCUGAAGGUUUAUUGAACAGUGAGGAGAGAAGCAACAAGAUUUCUCUAAUUCCCGGCAGCAAUCCAGGUGAAAAUGUUGUUGUUUUAACCCAGCCUCAAGAAAUGGUUGCUAUGACAACUGAUUACCAUGACAACCAACAAAACACUCAAGAAAUGAUUGUAUAUAACUCGGAUCUAUUAAACGCUGAACUAAACCAUGAGGAAAUUAAUAGUAAUAUUGACGAUCAGAUUCAGGGGGAAAAUCCAAACAUGACACAAUCGUCAGGUUCACAAUCAGAGAAAAACGUUGUUAGUAUGGAUCCAAUGAUGAGUGAUGACGAUACUGAACAAUCUCACAUUGAAGAACCCCACAGUCCAGAUAAACUCACCAUAUGUGAAUAGACGCUACAGUCUGGAUAAAUAUGCAAUGCAUGUAUCUGCUACAUAAUAUUUAUAUUAUAUAUGCAAAUGAAUAAUUUACUUGUGAAACCUAUGAAUUUUGGAAAAUAUCGCAAUUGGCCCCAAAUGAUUAAGCAGAUGAUUAAGAUCUAGUUAGCAACCUUCUCCAAAACUGUAGCAAUUUUAGAAUAUUUUGGGAACAUAAUUUAUAAUGUUAAAUCUAUUUUCUAAAAGUUCCAUCAAAGAUAUUUACAUUUAUGUGAUCAUUUUUAUAAGAAUUUCUACAUUUCUACACUUUGAAUCGAUUAGAUGUUUGAGAUGCUAAAGAAUACAAUGGUAGGUCAAUUUUACAUACUGUUUGCAAUUUUGUUAUCCUUGUCUUUAAUUCUGCCUCUUAACAAAAACUGAAUGUUCAGUUGUUUUGAU